AGAAACACAUAAUGAAACAAAAUGUAAAAUAAUGAACAAAACUGGGGGCAUGCUGGGUUAGUAUUAGGGGAAGGCCAAUUUGAAGAAGUGGGUUUUAAGCAGUAAUAUGAAAGAAGAGAGAGAGAGAGAGAGAGACAGCAUUCCUAAUGUUUAGUGGGAGAGAGUUCCAAAGUGUGGGGGCAGCUGCUUCAAAGGCUCGAUCACCCACGGUGCGGUGUACUGUUUUGAAAGGGGAAAGGAGGUUGGAGUCAGCAGAACGAAGAUGCCGAAUAGGAGAAUGGCGAUGGAGAAGUUCCGUAAGAUAGGAGGGUGCAAUGUGAUUGAGGCAUUUGUGGGUGAUGAGGAGCAAUUUUGAAUGGAUCCGGUAUGGAACAGGGAGCCAGUGGAGUUGUUUGAGUACCGGAGUUAUGUGGACCCUGGAGCGGGUGUGGGUGAGUAAACGUGCAGCUGAGUUUUGAAUGUAGUUUUUGAAGGGCAGAGGAAGGAAGUCCGUAAAGAAUGCUGUUACGGUAGUCCAGUCUAGAGGUUAUAAAGGCAAAGAUGAAUAUUAGGGCAGUGGAGUCAGUGAGGGAUGGACGGAGACGGGCAAUGUUGCAGAGGUGGAAGAACGAUACCCUGGUGAUUUUGUUGAUGUAAGACUGAAAGGAAAAUGAGGAGUCAAAGAUGAGGCAGAGAUUACGGACUGCAGAGGAGGGAGUCACUGUGAGACCAUCAUUAUUAACCCAUUAUGUGGUUAAAAUAUAUAAAAAAUACAGAUAUUGCAACAAAACUUUAUUAUUAUUUUAUGCACCAUACCUAUAAAAUAUAAACUGUGAGGAUGGCAAUCAGACUUCUAUGAUCGUGUCACUGUUGAAUGACAAAACAAAAAUAAAUCAUCAUCUGUCUGCUUGACCCUUACCAAUCUGGGUUCAAAAAGGGCCACUCCACUGAAACUGCUGUUUUAGCAGUGACGGAAUCCUUAAAAGAAGCUAGAGCGACUGCCAAAUCCUCAGUGCUUAUCCUGCUCAACUUUAUCGGCUGCAUUUGACACUGUCAACCAUGGCUUCCUUUUGUCCACACUCUCUAGCAUGGGCAUCACAGAGAAAGCACACGCCUGGUUUGAAUCGUACCUCACAGGACGAUCAUUCAGUGUAUCUUGGCUUGGACAAUCCUCUACCGUGCACCAUCUUGCCACAGGAGUCCCCCAGGGCUCUGUACUAGGACCUCUUCUCUUUGCCAUAUACACCACCUCACUGGGUGAGAUCAUUCGAUCACAUGGCUUCUCCUACCACUGCUAUGCAGACGACACCCAGCUCUAUCUGUCAUUUCCACCGGACAACCACGCUGUCUCUGCACGGAUAUCAAACUGUCUCUCUGACAUAUCAAAAUGGAUGAAAUCCCACCAUCUUCAACUCAACCUCUCUAAAACUGAACUACUUUUCAUUCCAGCAAAACCAUUCAUACAGCACAAUAUCUCAAUCCAAAAUGACUUCCAAUCUCUGGCUCCUUCAAAGGCAGUUCGAAAUCUGGGUGUUGUUAUUGAUGAACACCUGACCUUUAAAGAUCAUGUUGCCCCUGUUGCUCAUUCGUGCUGCUUUGCGUUGUAUAACAUACGAAAGAUCAGACCAUACCUAACACAACAUGCCACCCAGCUCCAGCUGCAAUCUACUGUCAUCUCCCGCCUCGAUCACUGCAAUGCCCUUCUAACUGGUCUUCCAGGCCGUACUGUGAGACCUCUUCAAAUAGUCCAGAACGCAGUGGCGUGUCUGGUCUUCAAUCAGCCAAAAAGAGCACACGUCACCCCUCUGUUCAUUGAGCUCCACUGGCUACCGCUAGCAGCACGCAUCAAAUUCAAAUUGCUAACACUAGCAUACAAAGUCCAAGAUGGUACGGCUCCCAUCUACCUGAAUUCUCUUGCAAAGGCUUACGUCUCGGCCUGGCCGCUCCGUUCUUCACAGGAUUGUCGGCUAGCAGUGCCUACACCACGCUCAGGACAAUCCAGACUCUUCUCAUGCAUCGUUCCACAAAUGUGGAAUGACCUACCAAGCACUACCAGAACAGGGGCUUCCUUUUCAAUUUUCACGAAACUCCUGAAGACCCUGCUCUUCAGAGAUCAUCUUCUAAACUAGCACCCUGCCUGCUCCCGUCCCCCCUCUCUACUGUCCACUCCUUGUUCCCUCCUCCCCAUGACUGAUGUCAAGUUGUUGUUGUUGUUAGCCUCAAGGGCAACAUGCCGAUUAUCACUUGUAAGUCGCUUUGGACAAAAGUGUCUGCUAAAUACAUAAACAUAAACAUCUUACCAAUCAGGGAAACUUGUGAUCAGGUUGUUAAAACAGCAUUUGCUGUUUGUUUAUUACUCUCGUUAUUAAGAGGUGCCAUACAAAGUUUUAACUUGUUUUUGAAGGACUUUCUAACUUAAGGUGCUUUUUUACAGCGUUUAAUGAGUUUUAGAGUCUAUUUAAAGAAGGACUGCACACCAUCAGAAAAUGUUACUCCACCCCUAGUCAAGAUUUGAAAAAUGCCAUGAAAGUGGGCAUUGCCAGGAGGCACAGAGUAGCAUGGCCAAGUGUGGGGAAUUUCCAUCCUGGGAGGGAGGAGGAGUGGGAGGAGACUGUACGGAUGACGUGAAAUUGUUCCAGUCCCAGUCAAUCACAAGUUUAAAAUGCAGUAGCCGCUGUUCUGCCACAGGGGGCAGCACUAACACAUUUUUAGACCUAGAUUCUAGAUUUAAUCAAGUUUACACAAACAUGUCAAAAAAUGCACAGAAAUAGAAUGAUUGCAUUUGUAAAGACCCAAUUAUACAGUUUAUAAGCAAAAAAUUUUUAUUUUGAGGGUUAGUUACUCUUUAAUUUUUCUUUGUUUUUUUGCAGUAAAGUUUUCUGACUUUCUUUGUGAAGGUGUAUCUGGUAUCUAAAACAUAUCAGUGAUGCAUGAAAUAACAUUAUAAACACAAUAUCUAAUUGUCCAUAGGAGUUGACUCUGUGAUUACUAAUUGGACCAAAGGGACCAUAAACACUCCACUGAAGACAAUGUUUACAUAAGUAAUUUGUCAGCAAAGAAAAAGUAAAACUAAAAAAAUAGGUGUUUUUUAUUUGUAAAUGAACAAUGUGACCUUUUAUGCUCUCAAAGUUUCAUAAUUCGGUUUCUUGAGUUUGUCUUUGCAGGGGUGUUUUUCUAUCUUCCUCCUGGCUGUGGUUACACUAGUGAAAAAACAUAAACAAGACGUUUGCUGUUAUCUGGCUUAUCAUAAUAAAACACAGCCCACUCCCCUUGCUCUUCCUGUUUGGAGGUUAAUGGGAGAACGAGUCUCUGUGGAGUUUAGUCCGGUGUAAUUAUAACGGCUUACUGCUGUGCUUUUAGCUUGUGUGGCUCAGUGUUCAUCACGCUCAUGUUUGCUGAGCUGAAAUUUUCAGUGCGCAAACAGAUUAUCACCUUCACAUGAUGAAUAUUAUGAAUUAUCCCAGACAUACAAAGUGUUUUUACCAGACAUGACGUUCGUAGCAUGAAUCAGUUUAAUAACUUAGAAAACAUUAUUUUAAAUACUAGCUAGCAGUAGAUUGUAUGCUUCUUUCCAGUGUUUAGAUAUUCUGAUCCUUUGUUAAAGAAACAGAUUGAAAGAAUUUCGUCUAACUCACUCCUGAGCUUCAGAAGUUUGAAGUGACGAUCUUUUAUCUGUCAGAGUUCUUAAUGGGAUAAAACAAGCCAAUACGAUUUGUUUUGAAUAUUUAAAACAUUUGUUCUUGCAGUAUUGUUGAUCGGAUAUUUGAAUGCAGUUUUAUUUUGCGUAUCAAGUUCAACAAAAUUUCAAAUGCCACUAAAAUGUAAUCGAUGUGUACUUGUGGGUGGAUGCUUAUUGUCUGUUUUUAUUUUAUUUUAACAAAUUGGCACAGAAGAAGAAGAAUGUUUAAGUGAAAUAAAGUUUGGUUCUGGAGUUGACCCAAUAGAAUGGAAUAGACUUUAUUAGUCCCACAGUGAGGAAAUGCACUUGCUACAGCAGCACAAACUCCUAAAGAAAAGGAAGAAGAAAAUAAUUUGAUUAAAGGUAAACACACUAAGGCAACAAGCUAUUAUUGUAACAUUCAGCCACUAAAAACAAUGAAUAAAAAGAAAACUUGGGUUCCAGAACUAUGCAGCAUAAAGGCCACAGACAUACUAUGUAACUCUGAUAUUGCACAAUUACUAAACACAUGCUUUACUAUUGAAUUGAUGUUAUUGUGUACCAGGAUAAUGCCAGUACCAGUUAAACUGAGGAGUUACACUCUUACUGCAGAGGGGAUGAAUGACCAAUGGUGGUGCUCUGUUUUACGUCUUGGAUGUCUCAGUCUGCCUCUGAAGGAGCUGCCCAUGGUCUCCACAGUGGGAUGCAGGGGGUGGAAGGGGUUUUCCAAGAUGGAACUCAUCUUCACCAGCAACCUCCUUUCACACAUCUUGAGUUCAGUGGGCAGCCCAGAACCAAGCUAGCUUUGUUAACUAGCUUGUUCCGUCUCUUCCUGUCUCGGUCAGAGCCAACAGACCACAGCAGAGUGGAUAACAUAGCCAAUCACAGAGUGAUAAAAGGAUUUUAGCAGCAGGGAAUUAACUCUGAAGGACCUCAGCCUCCUCAGGAGGUGAAGGUGGCUUUGGCCCUUCUUAUACAGACCAUCAGUGUUGUUAGACCUGUUCAGUUUGCUGUUGAGGUGAAAACCCAUGUACUUAAAGGCAUCCACCACCUCAAUGUCUGCUCCCUAGAUGUUUACUGAUGAGAAAGAAAGAGUGUUUGUCUAGAAGUCGAUCACCAUUUCCUUUAUCUUACUGGUGUUCAAGUGAAGGUGGUUAUGCUCACACCAGUCCAUAAAGUCAGUGAUGACUGACCUGUACUCCAGGUCAUUCCCCCCAGACACACAGCCGACAAUGGCCGAGUCAUCAAGAACUUCUGGAGGUGACAGCUGCUGGCGCUGUAGAUGAAGUCUGAGGUGUAGAAGGUGAAUAGAAAGGGUGAGAGCACUGUACCCAGUAGAGCUCCAGUACUGCACACAGCCACCUCAGACAUACAGUUGUGCAGCCCCACGUACCGUGGCCUUUUGGUGAGGUAGUUGAUGGUCCAUGCAGUCAGAUGUUCGUCCACUCCUGCACCCCUCAUUUUCUGCUGCAGUAGACAUGUCUGGAUUGUGUUGAAGGCACUUGAGAAGUCAAAGAACAUGAUUCUCACAGUGCUUUUUUGCAUCUCUAGUGAGUCAGCACCCAGUGCUGCAGAUAGAUGAGGGCAUCCUCUACCCCCAAUAUUGCUCCAAGUAUCCAGUUUUCCCGUGGCAGUGAUGUCUUCCAUUGUGAUGUUGUCCUUGAGAACAAUUCACACACAUUUAUUACAAUUCUAUUUUAUCUUGCUUCUUAUUGUUGUUAAAUGAGCCUUUUCAAUAACCCAUCACUGUUUCAGUAUUCAGGUAAUUUGAAAUUGCAGUCACUGAUGGAGAAAAAAUCUGGGACAAAGUUGUGAAGGUUUUUGUUGAAUUUAUCAAGACCCCACACUUCUUUACUAAAACAUGCUUGAAAUGAUCAUCAAUUGAGUUGGUUGGUAGAGCAAAUUAUUAUAUUUAAUUUUCUUAGACCAGUCUCUGUUGUUUUGUAUUUUUCACUUAUUCCAAGUGAAACGCUUUCUGUAUGUAGAAAAAUCCAAAUACUCAAAUUUAGUUUGCCUGAAGAGUGUCCUUUAUGCACCUUGUACUGAGUGUUGUCAUUAAUGUAGACACAGCUAGAGUGCUGAGUGCUCUCCCACGGCGAUGCCUGUGUGAGUGUUUGUAUGUGUGGGUGGGGUUCCCUCACCAGAAGAGCAGAGAUGGCUCGCUCCCAAAAACUGGAAGUAGCAGGGUGGGUUCAGAGUCACCGAAAUAGAAAAGGAACGUGAGAACAAGGGUUUCCAAGGGUGUGUGUCUGUAGUCAUGCUUGCAUUCUUACAAUUGCCAGUGUGAAUGACACUCCUGGUGUUGUGACUGAUAACCAAAAGCGGCCCAUUCAAAACGGCUUCUUUUCCUGAAUAUCUGCAUGUUAGAUGAGAAUAUGUUUUGCAUGGGAGUGGAAAAACGGAAGAGUUCUGAGGACAACUGGGGUGGAGAGGAAACGUUGACACCCUGAGCACGGAAAAAAAAGGGAAGGGCUUAGGUUGUUGCCCUUUGAAAGAUAAAAACAAACACAAAGAGUGAGUGAGAAAGAGAAAGAGGGAGGAACCUGGGAACACAAGAGAACUCGGCUCAGGUUGCAUCCAACAAAGAGUUUGUCAGAGCAGACACCGUGAUGGGGAAAGAAGGAAGACCUCAGUGAUGUGGACAGUGUGGAAUGUAGGGACAGAAGGAAUAAGGAAAACAGCUGAGUAAAAAUAUAUUGAUAAAGGAAAAGCUUACAAGUUACAUAGGUGCAAUCUGGUGAAGAAGAUGGACAAAUUCUGGACAGGGAAGUUGGUGGCGUCACCGUCCUGUUGAGCAGGACAACCUUAGUGUGUUUCUACGUGGCUGUGAGGAAUUGGGACUGAAGGGAUCCCAGCUGUUUGACCCUGGAGAUCUGCAGGAUACAUCAACACGUCCAACUGCCAAGGGAAGCGACUGCAGUCGAAGACUCAAGAAUGUAUUAAUCACCAUCUACUGGCUUGGUCGUUCUGCCAAUGGUUGCAUCUCCUACAGCGGGCCCACGCUGGACCUGAAGGAGUUUGAAGGCUUGCUGUCACAAAUGCGAAAGGACGCAGAGGUGGCGGACAGCCCGACACGCAGCAUCCGGGACAGCGGCUACGUCGACUGCUGGGAAUCUGAGCGCAGCGACUCUCUUUCUCCACCACGCCACGGACGAGAGGAUUCAUUCGACAGCCUGGACUCCUUUGGUUCGCGCUCACAACAGACCCCGUCACCAGACAUCCUGGUUGCCCGCGGCAGCAGCGAUGGUCGCGGCAGUGACUCGGAGUCCGACGGCCCUUUUUACAGGAGGAUGCCAGACCUCCAUAAAGAUGACAUGUUGGCUCGGCGGACAUCGGUCACUGAGCUGCGAACCGCCAUGCCCUUCAACCAGUACCUGCCAAACAAGAGCAACCAAACGGGAUAUGUGCCAACGCCGCUACGCAAAAAGAGAAAUGACAAGGAGGAGGGGGGACGCAAGAGCUGGAGUACUGCAACCUCACCUGUAGGGGGCGACAGGCCUUGUAGUACUCCGACUCGCUCAAGCUCAGAGGAACUCAUCCCAUGCUUGACGGCUCUAACGCUGAAGACUAGCAGCACAGCUGGGAAACAUCUGACUGCAACAGACCAGAAGGUUACAUCAGCCACAGGUUCAGAUGGGGAUGAUAGACCAGCCUGUCUAACUCUGACCUCACCCAAAUACACUCAGAGUCCAUCUGACUUCCUUCCUGUGCCCACUGCCAUGGCAACCACUUCAUCAGAAUCAACUGGUGCAGGCCGACGGGAUGGAAAGGAUCUGAGUGAAAGAGAAGACCCACAGGAAGAGAAACCUUGUUUGGGCUGCAGUUUUCCAGCAACGAGUUUGAGUAUGAUCGACAUGCGUGAUGAAGAAGAGGUCAUCCUGCAUCCACAUAGUCAGGUUCGUCAUGAGCUGAUGCACAACCAUUACAACAAACUGAAGGAAGAGGAGAACCACUGGCAGGACGACCUUGCGCGAUGGAAAAGUCGGAGGAGGAGUAUUUCUCAGGAUCUGAUUAAAAAAGAGGAGGAGAGAAAAACGAUGGAGCGCCUGCUGUCAGGAGACAGCUGUAUCUCUCAGAGGAGAAGAAGCAUCAAAACCUACAGAGAGAUCGUGGAGGAGAAGGAGCGGCGUGAGGAGGAGCUGCGACAGGCAUACAAAAGAGCCAGAAAUCCAGAGGAGGCGUCAGCCAUCCUCCAGCGUUAUGCCCAACGUUUCUCCAUCAGCGAGUCGAUCCUGGAACGUCUACAGCUACCAAAGCUCCUCGACCGCAGCAUAUCUGCUGACCCUUUCUUCCCCAUAUCCUUGACACCCUCCCCCACAACUCCAGACCCAUUUGACAUGGACUUCGACGGGUCUUUGAAGUAUCUGCGCCAGCAGUCGGCCCCAACUCCAAAGUUUACAUCCUUGUUGGAGGCGCAGAUAGAAGAGUUUCCUAAAGACUCCUCCUCACAGCAGCGGCCUCAGAUCCGCUCUCGCUCCUCUGAUCCGCCGUCCACACGAGCUCUGUCCCCCACACCUGUGGCUUUGUUGACACCCAAGCCUUACUUCCAGCCCCGUCCCUCUCCUGCUGACAGCCGGAACAACAAGCCUGAGAGCCAUGAAGAGGAAUCACCUCCCCGUUUCCAGGCGUCUCCUUCCAGAUCCAGAAACCGCCCCGAAGGCACGCUCUCGUCAGAGGACUCACCUGUUCAGCAUCCACACACCGGCCAAAAAAAGACUGAUGGCACUCAAAUUAGCGUAAAGGCAGCAUCUCAAGAUGUCCAGGAGGAGAAAGUCACUGAGCACUUAACACCACCCAGCCGGCCCACUUCUCUUACAACGGAGCUGCAGAAGCAUAAGGAAAGCUUCAGAAAGACUGAAAGCCAGGAUUCUUUGGAGGAAGUAAAGUCAAACACUGCAGUUGAAGAGGCGCCACCUGCAGAUGCCAAACAAGAAGACGAAGCUAAACGAUCCAGUGAAAAGCUCAUCCCACCAGGGAUUAACACACAAAAUACCUUCACAACGCAAGUCCCCUUGUCUCAGGAGCCCUCGCAGAGAAUGGAGACAGCGCCCCGCUCCGCUGCACCUGCCCCAUUUGGACAUCACUCUCCAAAGGAAACAUCAGACUCUGAGAUCAGUGUCAGGUCUUCACAGACAUCCAGCAACCCUAAGUCACGUUGGGAGUUCUUCGGUCCAUCAGAAGAUUCAGAGAAGGACUGUCGAACAGUUGUGUCAGUGCCGGUGUUGCCCCAGGCCAGGCAGGGAAACCGCUGGUCUUGGGACCCGGAUGAGGAGCGAAAGCGUCAGGAAAGGUGGCAGCAAGAGCAGGAGCGCGUGCUGCAGGAGAAGUACCAGCGAGAGCAGGAGAAGCUGAAGGAGGAGUGGGAGAAAGCCCAGAGGGAGGUGGUAGAGGAGGGGAGGAAGUAUCAUGAGGAGGAGCGCAGGAUACUGGAGGAAACCGUGAUGCCUCUGACUCCUCGCUCCUCUGCCCUGCCCUCCCCCAGCCGAGGUGAGCUCUCCUCCAGCUCCGAGCUUCAGGAUACCAUCGUGCGUUCUCUGGCUGACUGGGAACGCAAACAGGAACUGCUGGAGAGGCAGUCUAGAGGAAACACAGAAAGUUCAGAGUGGAGACAGCGAGAGAAGGACAGAACCAGUGAUACAAGCACAGCUGACGACAGCAUGGACACAGGCAGAAGCCUGGUGAGUCAGAACAGCAGCCAGGCAGAAAGACUCGGUCACGGCGUUCACAAUGGACAGAAGUUUCCUCCACCUCCAGCCAAACCUUCUACACCGGUCAGGAAACCACAAGAACCCCCAGCUGAGAGCGACGGGCCAAGUCGGCCUGCUGGAGAGAGAAGGAGUGGCUCCAUAAAUAAUAACAUAAGAAGCAGCUCAUCAAAGCCUGCCGCAGCAUGUCCAUCAGCACCAGACAUGCUGCCCCCACCUCCCAACAGGUCUGUCAGUGGGAAGAAGCUGUGUUCCAGCUGUGGUCAGCCUUUAGGGAAGGGGGCAGCCAUGAUCAUUGAGACCCUCAGUCUGUACUUCCACAUCCACUGCUUUAAGUGUGGGGUGUGUAAGGGACAGUUAGGAGACACGACCACGGGGACAGACGUCCGAAUUAGAAACGGCCUCCUCAACUGUAACCAGUGCUACAUCCGCUCUCGCUCGGCCGGCCAGCCAACCAUGUUGUGACAAGCACAAGGUUCAUGGAGGAAGCCCUGUCCCUGUUUGAACCUGAUUAUCUUUAAAUCACAUCCUCCGCAGUGUGGCGGGAUCCUUGCUUCCUCUGCAGCUCACCAACCGCUGAAGAUUCUUCACAUGGGACAAAUGUAAACCUGUGGACUGCUGUAAAAAAACAAAAUAUGUUCUUCUUAUGUAAUCUGAUACUCUGAGAUCUGAAUGGGAUUGGUCCGUGUGCAUCCACAAGCUGUUUCAUCCCAACGGCCAUGUUGACAAGAAAUCACAAUAACGGUGAUUAACUCCAGUGAGAGUGAACACAAAAACACAAAGAAACGUAGACCCAGUGGGCGUUUUACGUAAAAUGUACCUUUUAGUCCAUGUAAAAUGAAAACCUAUUUAAGAAACGAGAUAAUAAGACUCCAAAAACAGAGGCAAUAAUGUGAUGAGGAUUUUAUAAACAUGAUGGGAUCUGAAAUGAUCAUUCCUGCUACCCCAUUCACUCACACACAUGGGUUUAGUGAGAUCAUUAAAGUAACAAAAUAUCCAGUAAAGGUUUAUUUUCUUAACACUUGUCCCUCUCCGGGUUCUAGCAUGGUUCCUGUUCUGUGUACAGGAUGAGAUGAGCUCCAAAUACAAAGACACAGGAACGAAUGUAGGUUUAUGAACCGGCAAUAACACGUGAGCUGUUUGUGUCCUCCUGGGUCGCAGCAGGUUGCUCCUUAUCCAAUAUGUCUGCUUGGGAAUUGAAGACUUUAAUGUGCCUUAGCAGAGCUGGAAAACAUCCUCGUCCGAGGUGUUUUUUAGGGAUUUGGCCAAAUUUAAACUCUUAAACUGCAGACAAGCUGCAGAGUUUUAUCAUGCAACAUUUAAGUACUGUUUAAUUUUAAAUGGAUUAUCUCCCUUUAAGCACUCGCAUUGAACUUGUGAAGAAUUAAUAGAUAUAAAUGUGUUUGGGUGGAAUCUUGCCAUACUGCAGGGGCAACAGUGCUGACGAUGAUGGUGUCAUUCUGUGGGUGGUUCUGUUUUAAUGCACAUGACGGAGGUCAUCCUGAUCCUUUAUCAGCUGUAGAAUUCAUUCAUACAUCAAACAGAAUCAGAAGCAAGGGUAACAUGAACACAAACCAGCAGCUUUUUGGUUGGAUGAAAACGGAAGAUCUGUCCUGCCAACUGCACAUUUUUAAUCACUAGCUUACAUUUUAUUCAGUAUAAGAAGAGAUCCAUAUAUUUUGGAUGUAAAAAAUUGCACGUAUAUGCAAGAAACCAAAUGAUUUGCUGUAUGAAAGUAAACUAGCAGCCUCCUCUUUCUCAUCCGUGCUUCUCUGGUGUCAUAACUCUCUGACCUGCAGUAUUUUAAGCCUAUUCUCUGACUGUGUGUUUUAUUUUUAUCUUUAGUUACAUUUAGGAUGAGUCUCUUCUAGCCAGAUCUUUGAGACUGAGAAUCAGACAGUUUUAACAGGAUAGCGGGGGAAUGAAGCUUUUUUGCAUCUGUACUGUAUUGUAAUAUUCACCUGAAGACUAUCUGGAAUAAAGUUUCAUUUGGUGUUUAAAUGCAACUACAUUUAUUAUUGCAUACUGUAUGUUUAUAAAUAAAAUAUUGUAAAUGCAA